UCUGAUACCAAAACCAAUGGUCCAGAAACGAGUUCGACACCAAGCAGCAAUGUUGCUGGCGCUGGAGAUCUCAGUGUUUCCAGCCCUCAAGGUACUGACCUCGAAGAUUCUGGAAAUGGUGACCAGGGUUACGAUGGUGACAAAGACGAUGACGAGCACGGUGAUGACGAUGACUCCAGCUGUCCAGACAUGGAGGACUCCGACAGUUCUACCAGAAGUAGGGAAAGCUCCUCCAGCCAGCAGGAGUUGGAGGAAGGUGAGGUUGUGGGAUGCCUAUUUUACCCCCAUGAGCUGGAGCCUGGUGAAGUUGUGGAUGAGGGGGAAGUGCGAAGCCAGUUCUGUCACCGCCACUAUGAGAUGGAGCCUGGUGAGGUUUUGGAUGAAAUGGCGGUAGGAAGCCAGUUCCACCAUCACCACCGUGAGUUGGAGCCUGGUGAAGUUGUGGAUGAGGAGAAUGCAGGGUCUGAAAUGCGUGGACAGUGCAGUGAGUCCACUGAUUCCAGUGAAUCCAGUGAGUCCAGUGAGGGCAGCAGUGAGCAAUAUGAUAUUGAAGAAGACAGUUCAAUAGAUGAUUGGAUGGCUUUAGAGACAUCUCCUCUUCCGAGACCUCGAUGGAAAGUCCUUAACGCCCUUCGUGAAAGGCAACUGGGUUCAAGUGCCCGCUUUGUGUAUGAGGCCUGUGGGGCAAGAUUAUUUGUGCAGCGUUUCUUGCAACAAUAUAUUCUUGAAGGCCAUGCUGGGUGUGUGAACACUGUACAUUUUAACCAACAAGGAACCCUGCUGGCUAGUGGCAGUAAUGACCUAAAAGUGAUCCUGUGGGACUGGCUUCAUCAGCGACAAGUACUGAACUUUCAUAGUGGCCUCAAAAAUAAUGUCUUACAGGUUGCAUUUCUUCCUAAUUGUAGCGAAGCCAUCUUGGCCAUGUGUGGCCGUGAUGGACAGGUACGCAUUGCACACCUCGCUGCUAUGUCAGGCACCCGAAUGACUAAGCGAUUGGUGAAGCAUGGUGGAGCAUCUCAUAGAAUGGCUUUAGAGCCAGAUUCCCCUUUUAGUUUCUUAACAACAGGUGAAGAUGCAGUUGUUUUCAGUAUUGACCUCAGACAAGUACGCCCAGCUUGGAAGAUGGUGGUAACCAAAGAAGAUGGUAAGAAAGUGGGACUUUAUACAAUCUUUGUGAAUCCUUCCAACUCCUACCAGUUUGCUGUAGGUGGACAAGAUCAGUUUGUGAGAAUUUAUGACCAGAGGAAAAUUCAUGAGAAUGUGAACAAUGGAGUUCUCAAAAAAUUCUGUCCUCAUCACCUCAUAAACACUUAUUAUCCAGCAUAUAUCACCUCUGUAAUGUAUAGUUAUGAUGGCUCAGAGGUCCUCACUAGCUACAAUGAUGAAGAUAUUUACAUUUUCAACUCUUCUGAUAGUGAUAGAGCUGAGUAUGUUAAGAGAUAUAAAGGACACAGAAAUAAUUCCACAGUGAAAGGUGUAAAUUUCUAUGGCCCCAGAAGUGAAUUUGUGAUGAGUGGUAGCGAUUGUGGGCACAUCUUCAUCUGGGAAAAGUCAUCCUGCCAGAUUGUUCAGUUCGUGAAGGCAGAUGAAAGAGGAAUAAUAAACUGUAUUGAUCCCCAUCCUUACCUACCUGUGCUGGCAUCCAGUGGCCUAGACCACAAGGUCAAGAUCUGGGCGCCCAUAGCUGGAUCUUCCAAAAAUCUUACUGGGUUAAGGAAAAUGGUUAAAAUUAAUAAGCUGAAACAAGAUAAUUUUAGCUUGCACCACACUUCCCUGUUUGACAACAACAUGGUUGUUCACAGCUGGCUGUAA